AUGCCCAGCCAGGGAGGGCAUGCCCGGGCCCAGGAGGAGAUCCGCUCCCCUCUGAAGGCUGGACCUGCCCAAACCCAAGAGCUGUAUGAGAUUUGGGUGGGUGACGAUUUCAAGGGUCGGCCCGACCUCUACAGCUUCACCCUCAUCACUGAUGGCCAGAGCAUGUCCUUCAGCCCAGACUCUGGACCGGUGUGGGCUGCCCGCCGACGCCUGGCCCAGAACGCCCUCAACACCUUCUCCAUCGCCUCUGACCCAGCCUCCUCAUCCUCCUGCUACCUGGAGGAGCAUGUGAGCCAGGAGGCUGAGGCCCUGAUCAGCAGGUUGCAGGAGCUGAUGGCGGGGCCUGGGCGCUUCGACCCUUACAAUGAGAUAGUGAUGUCUGUGGUCAAAGUCAUCGGUGCCAUGUGCUUCGGGCAGCACUUCCCUGAGAGCAGCGAUGAGAUGCUCAGCCUCGUGAAGAACAGUCCUGUGUUCGCGGAGAAUGCCACCUCUGGGAACCCUGUGGACUUCUUCCCCAUCCUUCGCUACCUACCCAACCCUGCCCUGCAGAGGUUCAAGGCCUUCAACCAGAGGUUCCUUUGGUUCCUGCAGAAAACAGUCCAGGAACACUAUCAGGAGUUUGACAAGAACAGCGUCCAGGACAUCACAGGUGCCCUGUUCAAGCACAGCGAGAAGAGGUCUGGAGCCAGCGGCGACCUCAUCCCCCAGGAGAAGAUUGUCAACCUUGUCCAUGACAUCUUUGGAGCAGGGUUUGAUACAAUCACAACAGCCAUCUCCUGGAGCC